UGCCAUUGUAGGGGGACGGUUGAGGUGAAGGAAGGCUGAUGUGCUGAUUUUUGAAUGGUUCUGUUUGCGUAACCUUUCGUAAUUUCGUUUGUAUUAUUUAAAAUUAUUUAAAAGUAUGUGAGAUCUUGGGAGAUAAUCUAGUGUGUCACAAGGAGAUGAAGAAGGGAAAAAAACACCAGCAGAACACUGGAUCCCAAGUGACUGGAAAUGGAACGGUGAAGAAGCAAGGAGAGCACGAGUCGAAGAAGAAGCAGAAGCUGGUGGAGAUCCACCGGGCCCUGAACAGCGAUCCCGUGGACAUCGAGACCCUGCGCAGAGCCGCCGUGAGCGAGGGGGGACUCGUGGCGGACGAGAUCAGGAGGAAAGUGUGGCCCAAGCUGCUCAGCGUCAAUGUGUACAAUCUGCCUCCCAGACCAGGAAAAGAUGUCAGAGAGAGCCACAAGGAUUACAACCAGGUGCUUCUCGAUGUCCGGAGGUCAAUGCGACGUUUUCCAAAAGGGAUGCGUGCCGAGCAGAGAGAGGUCCUGCAGGAGCAGCUGACUGACAUCAUCCUGGACGUCCUGAAGAGGAACCCUCAGCUGCAUUACUACCAAGGCUACCACGAUAUCGUGGUCACCUUCUUACUGGUCGUGGGAGAGAGAAUGGCUGCAGCUAUGGUGGACACUCUGUCAAAUCACCACCUCAGGGAUUUCAUGGAUCCUACGAUGGAUAGCACAAAGCACAUAUUAAAUUACCUCAUGCCAAUCUUGGAGGAGGUUGAUCCAGAACUCCAUGACUUCAUGCAAAGGGCAGAGGUGGGCACAAUCUUUGCGCUGAGUUGGCUGAUCACCUGGUACGGGCAUGUUCUGUCGGAUUUCCGGCACGUUCUCAGGCUCUACGACUUCUUCCUGGCUUCCCAUCCCCUAAUGGCGAUCUACUUUGCUGCAGUGAUAGUUCUUUACAGAGAGAAGGAAGUGAAGAGCUGUGACUGUGACAUGGCCAGCGUCCACCACCUCCUGUCCCAGAUCCCCCAGAACCUCCCCUACGAGGAGCUCAUCUCCACUGCACAGGAGCUCUUCACUCGUUACCCUCCAGUAGUGCUCGCCAAGAAGGCUGCCCUUCAGCCCCGCGAGAGCAUCACCAUUAGCUCCUUCAAAGACUUCCAAAUGGCCACCCUCCAGCAGCGGCCCGACACCGUCCUGCGACAGCAGCUCCGGGACAGGGCCUCGUCCGACCUGGCCGUCCCGGAGGAGGUGGCGCCCGCAGGAACGAGCCAGCUGGUCAAAAUGGCCGUGUGGGGCAUCUCGGCCACGCUGGGGGCCGCCGCGCUGGCUGUCGCGCAGACUGCUCUGGACUGGGCCCCGGAGUUCCUACUCCAGCUCUUUUGAACCCCUGUGCUCCCGUGCGGUGGGGAGGGGCAGUGCGUGGUGCCAAAUCAUGUGACGCGUCUACGUGUGUUUUAUUUAUUCGCUGAGUUUUAUACGUCUGUCUGGUACUAUCACAGCAGGAAAGGGUAAGAGCCUCAUUUCUGGGAUGAAAAGAACACUCAAUGUAUUCCUAUCACGGUACAUCCAAGCAAAUGCGCAAGGAGCUGAACUGCAGGAACCAAGUUUGAAUUAAAAAAAAAACAACUUUUAUUGCCCAUAUUUUUGAUAAAUGUAAAGUGCAUUCACAUACAAGACCAAUUCAAGAACCACUUUCCAUUUCGGUCAAAAGUUCUAUCUUAUUUAUCUGUCAAAGGAGGCAUUUUUCGGUUGAAAUUUAUAAAAAAAGCCACUUUGAUAAAAAAAAGGGUCUUGUAAGUUUGUUGCACUGAUGUUAUCGCCUUGAAAAUUCAUUCUUUAACUUGACUGAGUGUUGGUGAGGAACAAGCCACUUAGAUGCCUCAGGUUUUGGACUUAUCUGUCUUCACUCGCACACAAGGAGAGCAGUGUGAGCCUGACAUUCUGUUUCCUAACUGCUCUGAACCUUUGUGCGACUGCAGGAACCCAAAAAGAAAGUCAAAGAACAAGACUUCAAUUACCACUGUCAGUCAUAUCUGGAAACACGGCUCUGUGUCUCAGAAAGGCACAGGGCAAGUUGCUACAAACUCCCUGGAAACAAUUUUUUCCUGUUAGAUAGGAGCCCAUUACAGACUGUAUUUUAGGAUUUUUGAGACUGGCAUUUUAAGAUACGAGUGGUGCUGUAAAGAGCAUAUUCUUCAGAUAAAAUGUCUGAUUGCUGGGGCUCAUUUCCAGACUUAUAAGCAGUAUAAUAGUACAUGGUGCAGAGAUAUUGUUAAAAACUUUUCAAACAAUAUUUUGCCGACUGGUACAGCACUUAUAACUUUAUCCUGAUGUCGGCCAGCUCUCUGCCAAAAGGAAAUGAAAAAUUGUGCACAGAUGUGUGGGGCUCUAUUGGGUUAAUGUGGUUUAUUGACCGAGUUUUGCAAAGUCAGGAUACCCAAAGCCAUCAUUAGGACAGCCUAGCCUGAUCUAGAAAAGAGAAUCUCUUUUCUGCCAGAGAGCAGAAAAACAUUGUUAAUAUUUGCCUGUUAUUAAGAUUUGUUCAACAAACUGUUCUUACUCCAUCCUACCCCCAAAAUAAUGCUGGAUUUUCAUGUGUGUCUUUGAAGUCAAGCAUAUUAAUACUUUGAAAUGAUUGUUCGAUUUAUAUGAAGGAACAAAAUGGGAUAUCCUUAAUACAGAUAAAGCAAAAUACGUUAAUUGUAUUUGUAAUUAUUUAGGCAAAAUAGUUAAUAUAUAAAAUAGUUAUAUAUUUUAUAUCUGGACAUUCUUAUCAUGUUGUUAUUGUGCACCGGAGAACCAUUGGUUACAUUUUUCUUAGUGCUUGAGAGUUAAGACAGAUCUUACAAAUACAUUGUAGUUCCUCCCAAAAAGCAAUAUUUCCUACUUACAAUAGUUACGGUAUAUUUGUAGGAAGGUUUAAUUAAAUGAAAUAUCAAUGUACAGUAUAUUAUAGAUGCUGCUACCAUAUAGAAACCUUUAAAGGGGGUGUACAUUUUUGUCUUGGUACGGAACAAUAGUUCUUCACUUAUCAUUUUCUUUGGAAUCACUAUUGAUGCGCAUUUUCUUGAACAUACUGGGACGGCUGUUUUGUACUUUUGAGAAACAUUGACUAUGCCAUUAUUACACUAUUGCCAUCUAACUUUGUAAAUGUCAGCAUUGUUUAAAACCUUUUCUUUGGAAAAUUCACUAAAGUCUUGUGCACACCAUCAAUAUCUAAUCCAAUCUCUCUGUAUGUUUUUGUGAGUAACUUAAGAGGAUGAAAACUGGACAAAUUUCUUGUGUGGGAAUAGAUCAGUCUGCGAUUGACUGGUGUCCCAUCCAGGGUGUAACCUGGUUCCCCCAUGACCCUCAACUGGAUGAAGUGGUUAGAAAAUGGAUGGAAGGAAUAGAUCAGUCAAAACUCACAUCUUUCCUUUAUAUAUAUGCUAAUGAUUUAUGACUACAGAGGAAUUAAGUUACACUGUGUGGAAAAGGUUUUCUAAAAAGGUCUCUUCUAAAACGAUGCCACACAUUUUAAAUGCUGACGUUGUGAUCAGCAUUUAUGUUAAUGUAUGUGACACUAUUGUUUUCCAUCAAUUAAUGAAGAUACCAAGAUUUGCCUACCUCAGUUUUAAAGCAACCUGUACUAUCGAUACUUUCAUAGUAUGAAUUAGACUAAUCACUUUAAAGACUUGAAGACUAAAUACAUCUUCCAGGAAAGAGCAAGGUCUUAUGCUGAACUGCAUUGAUCAAAGUCCUUUUAGAAAGGUUAGUGAAAAGUCUAAAUAUGUUGCUUAAAAAUCUAAUGUCCUCCAUGUAUUUAAAAGGGAAGUAGCAGAUGUAGAAAUCAUAUCAACUUGAAGAACUCUCUAGAUUAUUAGGUAACUUGGUCAUUUCUGGUACAAUUAUUAGAAUGCUAGUUCAGGCACCCCUGUGCUGGAAAAUGCCUGCCAAACUCUCAUCUUUAUUUUUUUAGCUGCCUUUCUUAUUGGUCUGAAUCCCUGCACUAAAAUGCAGAAGACUUGAAGCUGGACAGCUUUCUGGGCAAUGUUCCCAUACGCGCACAGGUUAUGAAAGCAGCGCGCAUAAGAAAUUGAACUGCGCACAAAAAAAUAAAUUCCCCCAAAAUAUAUGAUGAUAAUAAAACGAACACGGUCGUCAAUUGAAAAAUGCUAAAUUGACCACAUGUGACUGGGUGCGAGAGGCCCAACUUGGCUGUGUGCGUUAUUAUUGCUACUUGAUAAUCGAUAUCUAUGCUUUCGUAGUCUCGUACCUCGCUGCUCGUGCUCACUCGUCACUCGUUGAAUCGCUGUCCCGGUCUUUUGGACCUGUAUGCUUCUAUGAGAAUUGACUUUAUUAUCAAAAAAUAAAUUCAGGUUUACAAUUUUACAUACACUCAAUGUAGUGCGCACAUGGUUUUGUCGCUGGGGGGGGAAUGCACAACUUGGACCUUUUUGCGCGCACAGGCCAUUAACAAUUAGAGGGAACGUUGCUUCUGGUUGGUGCAAUUGCUGCAUAGCGAAGGAGCAGCUCAGGCGGUAGUGCUUUAGGGUGCCGACUGUGGCUACAGCACCCCCCCUCGCUGCUGGAGGGGGACGGUCACUCCCCGACAGUGAGAGACCGGGGGGCUGUGCUCACGUGUGACCGGCGUGCCGGAGAUCGCCAGCUCAGCGGUGUGCGCGGCCCGCUUGUUAUAGAGGGAUCGGCAGCUGUAGCGGGGGUCUGUCGCUUUAUUUUAUUUUAUGUUUUGCAGUGGGUGCUUGUGCCAAGCAGCUGUGCCAAAGCGCAGACGCGCUUUGAGAGGGAGAAGUGAAAGGAGGGACACGCCAAGAGCAAAACAAGAGAUUGACAGAGAUGUGGAAGAAGCUCAAUUCAUCUGGACAAAGCAGGGAGAUGAAUUAAAGUGUAGAUUGUGCAAGUGAAGCAUGAGCAACAGCUGAAUUCAAAUAUGCUUUCAUAAUAAGUGGAUUCUACACACCAUAGUAGUAUUAGAUGAGAAUUUGUAAUUAAAUGUGGUUGUUUUUUUUGUAAUCUAUGCUGGCAUUAACUGACUUUGUGACACCAUUUUGGUAGAUGUACCAUUUACAAAACCCCCGUUUUCAAAUGGCUUCCUAUUUGUAAAAUUAUCAUUUUAGUUCCGUUUUGAUAUUUUAAGCUGAUUUAGUUAGGGGUUGUGGAAUGUGUUCUGGAAAUCUAUACUGUACUACGAUUUUAUUUCUUGAUCAGUUUGUAUACAUGAAGAAUAAACUUUGAUAGCAGCC